GGUGAAUGAUGAAAUUGACCAGAGCUGCAGUUUCAGCUCAGCAGCCAGGGAAACAGCGGAGCCGCUCAACACCCCCCGACGCCCCCAACACACAUUGCCUACCUACGCUCCCUCCCCACCCCCACCCGAAAGUUCAGCCUAACUUUAAGAAGGGCCUUUAAGCCUUAUCCCUCCCUUCAUCUCAGCCAGGUCCUCGCACCAGCGAACAGGGGGACGAAGCGAGACACCCGAGUAGGACAGCGGCUGAGAGCCACGGGAGACGAGACGGGGAGAGUCAGAUCACUGAGGGAGGAGGAGUGCAGCCUGCGUCCACCAGCCCUAGGGGGGAAGAGAGCGAGUUGCAAAGCGAUCAACAACGUGCGGCAAUGUAGGAAACUGUUAGAUCCCCGCUCCGAAGAUCGGAAAUAGCUUUUUUUUUUCCUCUCUCUGAGGUGGUGCUUUCUUUCGCCCCCACCCCUCCCUCUUCUGCUUAAAGCAAACCAGGGCCACCAAAGAGUGUGAGCCACAACUACUGCUGCUCUUCCUUCGGAGUUUAUUUCUUGGGAUAUUGAUUGCAGGCUUGGGAACAACCCUAAGCUCAUCUUUGGGCUUCUGGAAGCCUCAAAUCAUCGCUAAUCUGGAGGUGUCUUGUUUUUCUUUCCUGAUUUAACAGAAACUGCUAUUUAAUUUAUUACUGUCACUGUGUGUGUGAAAGAGAGCGUGUGUAAAGAGAGAAGGAAGUAGAUUUUUCUGCAGAAAGGGUGGCAGGAGCGUGGACGGUACAUAGCCUUCCUUAUUUAUGUGUCUGUCAGCAUUCUCCUUCAUCCAAAGAAUCAAGGGAAAGUAUCCAACCUGUGUUUCCCGUUGAGUGAAGCACAAGGAAGGACUGGAGAUAUCAAAGCAACAUGAUUAUUUAUUGAACUCCAAACUUAAAAAAAAAAACCCAAAGAAUAUCCGAGAUUUCGCCCACUGUUCAAGAAAGAAGAGAGGCCCCUUUGCUCCUGAAAUGCAGCAAAAUCCUUAUUUAUAAACGGGCUAAAGACACUGAUAUGAAAAGGCCCCUCUACUCGAAUUUUCUAUCCUAUGGAUAUCAGUCUUGAGAUUUCGAAAUAGGAAGAUCUGUAUUGGAUCUAGCAGCAACUAUCAUUUCAAUGCCUAGUCUUCCCUGGGACUGUUGGCAUUUCCUAGAAAUUAAACUGGUACUGUAUGCCAUGGGCUGUAUUCAGAGCAUCAGCAGCAAAUCCAAAAUUUUCCGAGAAAGUAUUUCGGUGAUUGAUGUGAAAGCUUCUAUAGACCCCAUCCCCACCAGCAUCGAUGAGUCGUCUAGCGUGGUUCUCCGCUACAGGACACCACACUUCCGCGCCUCGGCCCAGGUGGUCGUUCCGCCCAUACCUAAGAAGGAGACCUGGAUCGUUGGCUGGAUUCAAGCGUGCAGCCACAUGGAGUUUUACAACCACUAUGGGGAGCAGGGCAUGUCCAGCUGGGAGCUCCCAGACCUUCAAACAGGGAAGAUCCAGGCCAUCAGUGACUCAGAUGGGGUGAACUACCCUUGGUAUGGUAACACCACAGAGACUUGCACCAUUGUGGGUCCCACCAAAAGAGACUCCAAGUUUAUCAUCAGCAUGAACGACAAUUUCUACCCCAGUGUCACGUGGGCAGUGCCGGUCAGCGAGAGCAACGUGGCCAAACUGACCAGCAUCUACCGAGAUCAGAGCUUCACCACCUGGCUGGUGGCCACCAACACCGCCACCAACGACAUGGUAAUCCUUCAGACUCUCCAUUGGAGGAUGCAGCUGAACAUCGAGGUGAACCCCAACAGGCCCUUGGGACAACGUGCCAAGCUCCGGGAGCCAACUGCCCAAGAGCAGCCCCAGAUCCUGAGUAAGAAUGAGCCAAUACCACCUAGUGCCCUUGUCAAACCGAAUGCCAAUGAUGCUCAAGUCCUCAUGUGGAGGCCGAAGGAUGGGCAGCCCCUUGUGGUGAUUCCUCCCAAAUACCGGUAACGAGCAGGGGUCCUGGCACCGAAUGGGAGGAGAACACGCUCUGAUCUGCUAGUUUAAGACAAACAGAUAAUAAUAAUAAUGAUCAAAACAAA